AAACGUGUGCGUGCCGUCUUUAACCCCGAGAGGAGGCUGCAGUGCAGACGUGCGCUGCCGCACAGAUUUAUCCAUCAUGGUGUUGCUGCAUGUGUUGUUUGAACAUGCGGCAGGAUAUGCGCUGUUUGCUGUUAAGGAGGUUGAAGAGAUUGGCAUGCUGCUACCACAGGUGGAGCAGAGUGUUCUGAGCAUCGGGAAGUUCAACAGUAUGGUUAGCCUGGCUGCCUUCUUUCCCUUCAAGUCUGCCCAGACUGCUUUGGAGAACAUAAAUGCAAUUUCUGAAGGUGUGGUGCAUGCUGACCUGAAGUUGUUCCUCCAAACAAACCUCCCACUCUCUGGAAAGAAGAAGGCUGUAUUGGGGGUUUCGGAUGCAAAGAUAGGAGCAGCUUUACAAGAAGAAUUUAGCAUUUCCAUCCAGACAGGUGGUGUGGUGGCAGAAUUAACUAGAGGUUUGCGCCUGCACUUCCACUCUCUGGUGAAGGGUCUUACUGGCCUGGCCGCCUCCAAGGCACAGCUGGGUCUUGGCCAUAGCUACUCCAGAGCUAAAGUGAAGUUUAACGUCAACAGGGCUGACAACAUGAUCAUCCAGUCUAUUGCUUUGUUGGAUCAGCUGGACAAGGACAUCAACACUUUCUCCAUGCGUGUUCGGGAAUGGUAUGGCUACCACUUUCCAGAGCUCAUCAAGAUCGUGUCCGACAACUCAAUGUACUGUCGCAUGGCUCAGCUCAUCGGAAACAGGAAGGAGCUGUCAGAGGAGAGUCUGGAGAGCCUGGAGGAGGUGGUGAUGGACAGCGCCAAGGCUCAGGCCAUCUUGGAUGCAUCGCGAUCUUCCAUGGGUAUGGACAUCUCGCCCAUUGACUUGAUCAACAUAGAGCGGUUCUCCAAUCGCGUGGUGUCACUGGCUGCAUAUCGUCUGGAGCUGCAGGAAUACUUGCGUUCCAAGAUGAGCCAAGUGGCUCCAAACCUGGCAGCCCUAAUUGGAGACGUGGUGGGUGCUCGUCUGAUCUCCCAUGCUGGCAGUUUGACCAACCUGGCCAAGUAUCCCGCCUCCACAGUCCAGAUCCUGGGAGCAGAGAAGGCCCUGUUCAGAGCUCUAAAGACCCGCGGCAACACCCCCAAGUAUGGCCUCAUCUUCCAUUCGACCUUUAUCGGACGCGCCGCUGCCAAGAACAAAGGACGCAUCUCCAGAUACCUGGCAAACAAAUGCACCAUUGCCUCUCGUAUUGAUUGUUUCUCUGAGGUCCCCACGUGUGUGUUUGGCGACAAACUGCGUGAUCAGGUGGAAGAGCGUCUUUCAUUCUAUGAAACGGGUGACGUGCCACGGAAAAAUGUGGAUGUUAUGAAAGAAGCUGUGAAAGAGGCUACUGAUGUUACAGCAGAAAUCAAGCGUAAACUAGAGAAGAAGGAAAAGAAGCGCAGGAAGCGCGAAAAGAAGUUGCAAGAACUUCAAGCGAACGGUGAAACCAAUGGUGAAGCCGAGGUGGAGGAGGGUGAAGCCGGUGCAACCAAGAAGAAAAAGGAAAAGGUUGAGGAAAUGGAGGUAGAGGAAAUCCCUGCUGAAGAGAACGGCGCGCAAGAUACCCCAGCCAAAAAGAAGAAACGGAAAAUCAAGGCAGAGGAGGUGGAGGAAGUGGCUGCCACAGACGAUGUGGCGGAGCCAACUGACACUCCAGCGAAGAAGAAAAAGAAACGAAAGAGUGAAGCGCAGCCGGCAGAAGAGACACCCGACACACCUGUGACUGAGAAGAAAAAGAAAAAAAAGAAACAGGAGGCUGAGUAAAGAAUGAGAGAUGAGACUUUAUUUUCGUGUACAGUUUUUUUAAAAAAAAUGUUAUUCUUUGUCUGAAGCUUUAUGUAAGCAGCUUAAUGGGUUUUUUUUUCUCUGUGCAGGUUAGAAUGCAAACGGAUGCUUGUAACUGUGCCUUUGAAGCCAUUAUUGUACUUCUGUAAAUAAAUUCUGAGUUUAACUUUUUGUCACA